CUCUAUAAUAAAGCAAAAAGCUUAGCAAAGCCAAAGAAUAUAAAAGAAGAAAGGGAAAGGGAAGGGAGGAAACAAAUGGAAAUCACAGAAACCCCAUCCUUGAUAUCAAAAUUUCUUUCAAUGCCAUAGACUCACCUUUUUUUCUGAGAAGCCAAACAGGGAAGGAAGAUGGUUCUUUAUAUAAAUGAGUUUAGCAAAGCAAGUGGCCUGUUUGGUUUGAGUGCAUCAACAAAAGGAAACUUUGGAAAGUGAUCAUAGAGAAAGUAAAAAGAGAAAAAAAGUAUUGUUGGUUGUGGGGGUGAGCUUCUUUUUAAUUUGAAGGAUCAAAGAGGCAUAUGAAAAUUGGAGUAGCCAGCUCAUCAUCAUCAUCAACAACAACAACAACAGUGCGAUUAAGCAAACAAAUGAUGGCAGCUGGAAACCCUAGCAUGGUUCCACCUUCGCAACAGCAUUCUUCUAAUCUGUUAACUCCAAUAACCCCAUCUCUCUUUCCCCCUCAGUAUGUUCUUGGAACUUCUACUUCUCUUCUUCCUACUUCUUUGCCUGAUCAUCAUUAUCAAGAGCUUCCACCACUACAGUCAUGGAGCCAACUACUCCUGGGAGGAUUAUCUGGUGAAGAAGAAAGGUUUGGACCAAGUCAUUAUCAGCCUAAAAAGUUGGAAAUUUGGGAAAGCCAAAUCCUAAACCCAUCGCCAAGGGUUCCUUCGGUUGUUGACGUAAAGCAAGAGGGUACUCAAAAUAGCAACAUAUUUGGUCAUGGCAAUGAUGAAUUUCAAGCAUCAGCAGCUGCUUGGUCCCAAAUCAUGCCAGUUUCCCCUCCUAGAUCUUGUAUUACUAGCUUAAGUAGUAACAUGAUAGAUUUGUCUUCCUACAAAGCGGCAGAUCAUGAAACAACUGUUAAUCAACCUGGUUUAGAUCAUUCUUCUAAGUGUAACAGCAUAGUCGCAGGUGGGCGGUUCAAGAAGGCUAGGGUUCAGCCAUCUUCAACUUCAAGCCAACCACCUCUAAAGGUGAGAAAAGAGAAGCUAGGAGAUAGAAUAACAGCACUUCACCAGUUAGUUUCCCCAUUUGGAAAGACUGACACUGCUUCUGUGUUGUUAGAAGUUAUUGGGUAUAUCAGAUUCCUUCAGGAUCAAAUUGAGGCUCUUAGCUCCCCUUACUUGGGUACUGCAUCUCCAGGCGUGACAAACCAACAAUCUGAAAAACCAAAGAACUUGAGGAGUAGAGGGCUGUGCUUGGUUCCAGUAUCUUUCACUCAUCCAGUUGAAAGUGAUUGUAAUGGUGCUGAUUACUGGGCACCGGCAUUCGCAGGCGCCGGCAGCUUUUAAGGAGCUGGCGAUAAUCAUUGAAGCUCUAUUAGAUGUGAAUGGAAUGGAAUGAUAUAACAUGAUGAGCAGUCAAUCUGCUGAAAAUCUUAAAAAGGCUGAUUGCUCUUCAUGCUAUGCUAUUGCAUUCGUUUCUAACGCCACCUGCUGAAUGUGGCUUAUUUAACUGAUUUUCGACCCUAUUUUUUCUAUUAAUAAUUUAAGAUACCUUGUAUUUUAAUUAA